AUGGACAUGGACGUGGACAUGGACAUGGACGUGGACAUGGACGUGGACAUGGACGUGGACCUGGACGUGGACGUGGACGUGGACGUGGACGUGGACGUGGCCAUUGUCGUGGACGUGGACGUGAACGUGGACAUUGUCGUGGACGUGGACGUAGACGUGGACGUGGACGUGGUCGUGGACGUGGACGUGGACGUGGACGUGGACAUGGACGUGGAUGUGGACGUGGACAUGGACGUGGACAUGGACGUGGAGGACUUGGACGUGGACAUGGACGUGGACGUGGACGUGGAUGUGGACGUGGACGUGGACGUUGACAUGGACGUGGACAUGGACAUGGACGUGGACGUGGACGUGGUCGUGGACGUGGACGUGGACAUGGACAUGGACGUGGACAUGGACGUGGACAUGGACGUGGACAUGGACAUGGACGUGGACGUGGACGUGGACGUGGACGUGGACAUUGUCGUGGACGUGGACGUAAACGUGGACAUUGUCGUGGACGUGGACGUAGACGUGGACGUGGACGUGGACAUUGUCGUGGACGUGGACAUUGUCGUGGACGUGGUCGUGGACGUGGACGUGGACGUGGACGUGGACAUGGACGUGGACGUGGACGUGGACAUGGACGUGGAUGUGGACGUGGAGGACUUGGACGUGGACAUGGACGUGGAUGUGGACGUGGACGUGGACAUGGACGUGGACGUGGACGUGGACGUGGACAUGGACGUGGACACGGACGUGGACGUGGACGUGGACGUGGACGUAGACGUGGAGGACUUGGACGUGGACAUGGACGUGGACGUGGACGUGGACGUGGACAUGGACGUAGAGGACUUUGACGUGGAGGACUUGGACGUGGACGUGGACGUGGACGUGGACGUGGACAUGGACGUGGACGUGGACGUGGACGUGGACGUAGACGUGGAGGACUUGGACGUGGACAUGGACGUGGACGUGGACGUGGACGUGGACAUGGACGUAGAGGACUUUAACGUGGAGGACUUGGACGUGGACGUGGACGUGGACGUGGACAUGGACAUGGACGUGGACGUGGACGUGGACGUGGACAUGGACGUGGACAUGGACGUGGACAUGGACGUGGACAUGGACAUGGACGUGGACGUGGACGUGGACAUGGACGUGGACGUGGACGUGGACGUCGACAUUGUCGUGGACGUGGACGUGGACGUGGACAUUGUCGUGGACGUGGACGUAUACGUGGACGUGGACGUGGUCGUGGACGUGGACGUGGACGUGGACGUGGACAUGGACGUGGACGUGGACGUGGACGUGGACCUGGACGUGGAGAUGGACGUGGAGGACUUGGACGUGGAGAUGGAUGUGGACGUGGACGUGGACGUGGACGUGGACAUGGACGUGGACGUGGACGUGGACGUGGACGUAGACGUGGACGUGGACGUGGACGUGGACGUGUACGUGGACGUGGACGUGGACGUGGACCUGGACGUGGAGAUGGACGUGGAGGACUUGGACGUGGAGAUGGAGGUGGACGUGGACGUGGACGUGGACAUGGACGUGGACGUGGACUUGGACGUGGACGUGGACGUAGACGUGGACGUGGACGUGGACGUGGACGUGGACGUGGACGACUUGGACGUGGACGUGGUCGUGUACGUGGACGUGGACGUGGACAUGGACGUGGACAUGGACGUGGACGUGGACGUGGACAUGGACGUGGACGUGGACAUGGACGUGGACAUGGACGUGGUCGUGUACGUGGACGUGGACGUGGACAUGGACGUGGACGUGGACGUGGACGUCGACAUUGUCGUGGACGUGGACGUGGACGUGGACAUUGUCGUGGACGCAAGCUCGUGGACUUGGCAAGCUCUUGGACCAGGCAAGCUCGUGGACCAGGUGAGCUCUUUGACCAGGCAAGCUCCUGGACCAGGCAAGCUCUUGGACCAGGCAAGCUCCUGGACCAAGCAGGCUUGUGGACCAAGCACGCUCCUCGACCGGGCAAGCUCCUGGACCAGGCAAGCUCGUGGACCUGGCAAGCUCGUGGACCACGCAAGCUCUUGGACCAGGCAUGCUCCUAGACCAGGCAAGCACUUGGACUAG